GACCCAUUUUUUUUACAGAAAUCCUUGAAAAAUUUUCUGUUAUCAAAUGAAAAUUUGUUCUUCGUUGUUCUUUGUUUGUACUCAGCUUUAAAAUCGUAUCAAUCAAUUUUUUCAGAAAUAACGUGUGUUAAUUUCGGAAAUACUGAGUAGUUAAAUUCGAUCAGUUCUAAUAUUGAAGACAUAAAUUUACGGCCGAUCAGCGUAAGAUAAUCCUUGUAUUCAGUUGAAGUGACAGCAUCUGUAUGAGCUUUUGGUAAAUCAGAGUUGCGUUUACGCCAUGCAUCGUCCACGAUAUUUCCGAAAUACUGCGGUUUACCACAACAGGAAUGAUCCACAUUCUGUACGUUUUGGCUUCAACGGCGCGAGUCCAAGUCAAAUGGCGAGAAAUACCUACAGACGGGCUUCUGUGACACCAUUCUCUCCAUCACCUAAUAGAUUUGUAGAUCGCAGUAAAUACGUAUGGACUGCUAAUAAACAGCAGCAGACACCUCAACCGCAACAACAACCACCAUCGUCGUUACCAUUACCAUCACCUCAGCAACCAACUCCACUGCCAGUACAAACAAAGCCGAUACAGCAACAGCCACCCGUUGAUAAGCAAAAUACACCUCAGCAACAAUCAGCACAACAUGUGACCAAGCAUACAAUAGUUAAGAAAAGUAAUCCUAAUCGUAAAGACUUGCCACCUUUAUCUGCAACUGUGACAGAUCCUCCAGAAGUUGUUGCCAAUGAUAUUGCUUCAAAGCUUAAUGAAGAAAAAGUAUACUUAAUAAGUAAAGUAGUUUCUGUGUUGGGCGUUAAAAAAGCUGUUAGGUUAUACCAAGAAACCCGAAUAAAAGAAGCGAAUGGCGGUAUUUUAGUUCAGAAUGGAAUUCGUCGUCGUACUCCUGGUGGUGUAUUUCUUACUUUACUGCGUGAAACGAGCUUCAUAUCUCCAGUGGAAAUAGACAAAAUAUUCCAAGAAAUAAAACGCCAUGAAUCAAGCUUGAAGUGACCCAUUUUCGUGACUCAUCGUAAAAUUUCAGACCGUCUGUUUUUAGUUGGAAAGCUAUACCCAGCGAGCAUUUUUUGUAAUGACUAUGGUUCGGAUAAUAUUUUUAAUAUUUAAUUCUUGCGUUUAAUUUUUUCCUUUUUUUUUUAUUUUGUAUUAAGUAUUUGAAUUAACAAAUUAGCGACAUCUUUG